AUGGGCUGGAGGGGGCGGCGGUGGUCUGUUAAAGGUCGGGACGCGAAGUCCCCUCCACCGUCGUGUCUAGGACAAGGACUAACGGAGUAUAUACGAGUAGCGACUUUCGGCUUCAUCCGCCAGUUCGACGGGGAUUCAGCAGAGCCGAGCAAAGCAGAGAGAAUGGCAGCGACAGCGGUGAACAAUUUCAACCACACUUUCUUCAAAGAGAAAGAAGAGGCGAUGAUAAGUACUUGGUCAGUAGUAUCAUCACCAGUUCACAUGGCUGUUAUAUUGCCGCUCUAUCUGCUUUUUAUAUACAAGACUGCGCCCCAGUUCAUGUCUACGCGGAAACCGUAUGAGCUUAAGAAGACGAUUAUGGUCUACAAUUUGCUGCAAAUCCUAGGAAACGCUUAUAUGGUCGUUGUGUAUGUUAAUAUGAUGCGGAACAAGCCAUUUUCUUUCUGGAGUAAUGUCUGUUAUCCAGUGUCGGCUGUGCAAAAUUUCGACCCCCUUGCCAAAAUUGAGCUUUUAAACGGAAUGUAUUUGUACUACACAAAUAAAAUCGUCGAUUUACUUGAUACGGUGUUCUUUGCUCUUAGGAAAAAAGAUUCUCAAAUUACAUUUUUGCAUGUAUUUCAUCACAUAACAAUGAUUGCUAGCACCUGGCUCUCAGUAUUUUAUAUCAGAGAGGAAAUAAGUGCUGUAUUUGCAGUCACUAAUGCUGUAAUCCAUGUAGUAAUGUACUCUUACUAUUUUCUUUCGUCACUGGGGCCAGCUGUACAAAAGCACCUCUGGUGGAAGAAGUACAUCACCAAGAUGCAAAUUGCUCAGUUCAUCCUGUUUCUAACUUUACUCGCCAAAAUGAAAGUUGACAGAUGCGAUUGCAGCACUUUGUUUUGGACUCUGUGGAUAUUCAACACAACUUCCUUCUUGGUACUAUUUUUACAUUUUUAUUGGAGAAAUUACAACAAACAGUUGAAGAAGAAUAGUUGAAGUACUACAAGGAAGUUAAAGAGGCCAAAUAUAGAUUUAAAAAAAGUUA